AUGUGGAGUACAACUGCCUUUUACAUGGACCAUUUUGGUACUACUGUGCACGUAACUAAGGAAAAUGAAAAUGAAGAUAAUUGUUCUGUGAAGUCAAACAUGUCAAUCGAAGGGGAAGAAGGUAUUGACCUAACUGACUUCAUGAGUCCACAACAGAGCAACAUGGAAGGAGUAACCAAUGAAGGAGUAAGUCAGGAAAAUGGAAAUGAGGAUGCCACAGAAGGUGAUGCAAAAGAUGAUGAAGAUGAGAAUGUCCCAGAUGUGAAAGGAAAAUCAAUGUUUAAUGAAGACAUAUCUUGGAAGAAGUAG